AAAUCAGGCCUCUUUCACCAUCGUGGCUGCCUUGAACGAAUUUCUGAUUGGAAAGACGAAAUUUAUUUAGGCGGUCAAACAGCAAAAUGGUGUCCUCUAAAAAACAGAAAAAGGCAAUGGAGAGUAUCAACUCUCGUCUGGCACUUGUGAUGAAAAGUGGAAAGUUCACUUUAGGAUACAAGUCUACUCUUAAAACACUGCGACAGGGCAAGGCUAAGCUUGUUAUCAUCUCAAAUAACACACCUCAGCUUAGGAAAAGUGAGAUUGAAUACUAUGCCAUGUUGGCCAAGACUGGAGUCCAUCACUACACUGGUAACAACAUCGAACUUGGUACAGCCUGUGGCAAGUACUUCCGUGUUUCAGUCCUCAGCAUCACUGAUCCUGGUGACUCAGACAUCAUUCGUUCCAUGCCAGCAGAACAGCAGACAGCACAGCAACAACAGUCAUAAAUAAAUGUUGUAGAAAAUGUGAAUUAAAGUGUUUCUGAGAAA